CUCAAACCGUUCACUUCACACACACGGAGAAAAAGAGAGCUCGUAAUGCCGGGGACGUCGUUGUUUUAAGAAUCGAGUUGAUGAAACUGCAGGUUUGGUCUUGAGUUAGGAGCAGCUAUUUGAAUGCCAUGGUUAGGAGCAAGGAGUGAUAGAAAACGGUGCUGUAAACCCAAAACGACAACAACAGAAAAUAAAGAAAACAAUGGAGUGCGUUGGAGCCAGAAACUUAACGGCAAUGGCGUUUUGCGUAAGCCCUUCUUCCAGGUUGCGUUUACGAAGGAAAAAACUAUGGAGAAGACGAAGCUCGUCGUGUGGUCACGCGGUUCGUUUGCGUUCGCGUUGCCUUAAGGUGGAGGCCAAAACCGGUGUAGGGAGUUGCGUCGCCACCAAAGAGGACUUCGCCGAUGAGGAAGAUUACGUUAAGGCCGGUGGCUCCGAACUUGUUUUCGUGCAAAUGCAGCAGAACAAAACCAUGGAAAUGCAAUCCAAGCUUGCGGAUAAGUUACCGCCUAUCUCUAUAGGAGACGAUAUAUUGGAUCUAGUUGUGAUUGGUUGUGGUCCGGCUGGUCUUGCUCUGGCAGCUGAAUCUGGCAAGUUAGGAUUAAAAGUUGGGCUUAUUGGUCCGGAUCUUCCUUUUACAAAUAAUUAUGGUGUGUGGGAGGACGAAUUUAAAGGUCUUGGACUUGAAGGUUGUAUUGAGCAUGUUUGGAAGGAUACCAUUGUAUAUCUUGAUAAUAAGGAUCCCAUUUUAAUUGGACGUUCCUAUGGACGUGUCAGUCGGCAUUUGCUUCACGAGGAAUUGUUAAGAAGGUGUGUCGAGUCAGGUGUCUCAUAUCUUAGCUCAAGAGUAGAAAGUGUUGUUGAGGCUAGCAAUGGUCAUAGUCAUGUUGUCUGUGACUAUGAUAUUGUAGUGCCUUGCAGGCUUGUUACUGUUGCAUCAGGAGCAGCCUCAGGGAAACUGUUGCAAUAUGAGGUUGGGGGUCCAAAGGUGUCAGUCCAAACAGCUUAUGGUGUGGAAGUUGAGGUGGAAAACAAUCCUUAUGAUCCAAAUCUGAUGGUUUUCAUGGAUUAUAGAGACUACAUGAAGCAAAAUGUUAAAUGUCUAGAAGCAAAGUAUCCAACAUUUCUCUAUGCAAUGCCGAUGUCCCGUACAAGAGUGUUUUUUGAGGAAACCUGUCUGGCUUCAAAAGAUGCCAUGCCCUUUGAUUUAUUAAAGAAAAAGCUCUUUUCAAGAUUAAAUACAAUGGGGAUCAAAAUUACAAAAACUUAUGAAGAGGAAUGGUCUUAUAUCCCAGUUGGUGGGUCCUUGCCCAACACAGAGCAAAAGAACCUUGCAUUUGGUGCUGCUGCCAGCAUGGUGCAUCCAGCCACAGGCUACUCCGUUGUGAGAUCUUUGUCAGAGGCUCCAAAAUAUGCUACAGUAAUUGCUACUAUUUUGAAAGAGGGUCAUGCAAGGGGCAUUAUUACUCAGGAAAGAAGAAAGGAGAAUCUAGCUAUGCAAGCUUGGAAUACACUGUGGCCACAAGAAAGGAAGCGGCAAAGAGCUUUCUUUCUUUUUGGAUUAGCGCUAAUUCUACAGCUCGAUAUUGAGGGCAUUAGAACAUUCUUUCGUACUUUCUUCUGCUUACCUGAUUGGAUGUGGCAGGGAUUUCUUGGCUCCUCUCUCUCCUCUUCAGAUCUUGUAUUAUUUGCAUUCUACAUGUUCAUAAUAGCACCAAAUAACUUGAGAAUGUGUCUAGUCAAACAUCUGCUUUCGGAUCCUACUGGGGCAACUAUGAUAAAGACUUACUUAACGAUAUAAUACGUUUGUAGUUAGGUAACUAGUAUUGGGAGACAGGUUAGAUUACAAGCGAAGCCAUAAUAGAAUAUAAUAGGUUCUUGUAAGUUGUAUGUACAUAUAUUUUACUAAAACCAAAUAUGUUCUUAUGAUUUUUAUAUCCCUACUGCUAUUAAAUUGCACGUCCAUUUU